AUGACCGACGAGUCAAAAAGACGCCGUGCUAAGAAGGUGAAAACACGGAGCGUGUCCAGCUGGCUGUUCAAACUGCAAGAGACGCGUUCCAGAGAUCUAUCAAACUUGAUGCAGCCGAUAUCAGACCUUGGAAUUGUCGAGACUCAGAACGACAAUGACUCUGAAGUACAGGCACUUGGCCCUUUCACGCAACGUCCUAGUUCGAGUUUAUCUGAUACCAGGGAGCACCUGGAGGCCUUUUUGGAAGUACAACCACCCUUGACGUUGAAUACAGAACAACCAUCGACAUUGUACGACGAUUUACAAGCCGAUGAGGAAUUUCCACUUGCGCUCGAUGCCUUUGAUGAUGACUCUCUUUGCCUGACCCCCUACACACCAACUUUACAAACAUCACUCAUCCUGGACCACUACUUUACAACAGUUUGCCAUUUCAACUCAUCCUUCGACUCAGCGAAUAAUCCGUUCCGAUCGGAAGUUGCCAGAAUGAUGGCCGACUCACCCCUACUCUUUGGUUGCGUGUUGAGCAUGUCAGCAGCUCAUUUGUACCAGGGCGACAAAAGAAGCAGCCAUAUUCCACUGGAGUUUCAGACUGAGGCAAUGUCACAUCUUUCACAGACAUUGUCCGAGCUUCCUAUGAGGACGGAAUGCGAGAUUGAUGACAACCAGCCUACGGCAUUGGUAUCUUCUGAGAAAAUCUUGAAUGUUUCAGAUGAGUUGCUCUUGAGUAUCAUAUUUUUGGGAAUGACCGCGGUCAUGGAUAACAUCAAAAAAAUUGACAGACAUCGACAGAAGAAGAAAAAUGACAAGAACACAAACAUUUGUGGUCUCAUCCAUGGUAUAUUGGGAAGCUAUGAGCUCAGCGCUCUUCGAUCAGCAAUACGAAGGCUUGUCACACCUCACAAUGUUUUGUGA